AUGUGGCAGCCUUUGAUGGUACAACUCACUGAGACCUACCGAUUCCGCUGUAUCGCUCCAGAUCGACGGGGCUUCGGGCGGAGCGACUGGAAUGGUCUGCAACCAGACCGAACUGAGAUUAAUUACGAAGUGUUCGGAAGGGAUGUUGCCGAUCUUCUCGAAAAAAUCAAAGUGGGAAAGUUCAUCUUCGUUGCAGCCAGCAUGGCUGGUGGGGAAUCGCUUUUGGCAUACACAUCCAGUGAUUAUGUCCGUCAACAUUGCCAAGGAUUUGUAUUCACAAAUACAACUCUUCCAUAUCCUGUCGCUACGCCCGAGUUCCCUCAAGCAGCACCUUUGGAAAUGUGGAACCAGGUCAUAGGUGCAAUCCGUCAGGAUCGUGUUGGCUUUUUUGCCGACUCAUUCAAAGGGCCAUUGGGUAUUGGUAAUAACCAAGUCCCUGCCAAGACGCUUGAGCGGUUUGAGCGGAUGGCUGAGGCCGCGGAAGCUAUUGCGGUUGAGCGCGCUGUACAAAUCUUCACUCACUACGACUUCAGUGAAAAAUUAGCAGCUCUGGGGGAGGAAUCUGACGUCCCUGUUUUACUCCUACACGGUGACUCGGAUGCUGGGGCCCCCGCGGAAGCGACCAUAGAUCGCAUCAAACAGAUGAUCCCCAGAGCAAAAAUAAACUUGUAUGAGAACGCAAGUCAUAUCCUUAUCAUCACUCAUUCCCAAAGGAUUCUCAAUGAUAUCGUCGAGUUUGUGGGUUCAAUUUCAGCCACCGCAUCACAAAGCUAA